AUGGCUGAUCAAUACGAUUCACAAUACGCUUUAGCAUCUUCGUCUCCAUCAGUGGGGCCACCGCGUAUCAAAUCGAUCUUCCUCCAUCCUGUCAAGUCGUGCGGACCGGUUGAGGUUGAUCGCGCUCGAGUCACCAAGAUAGGCUUACUCUACGAUCGAUGCAUGGCCAUUGCAACCAGGACGGUCGGCAGCAAAGAUCCCGCAGCGGCACAAUGGCGAUUCAUCAGUCAGCGAACAAAGCCUUGUAUGUCCCAAAUCAGAACAGAGCUCUGGUUACCGCACCGGUCUAGCGAUCCGAGCGACCCACUGGUGCAGUCGGGAGGCUGCCUGGUCCUGUCUUUUGAAAAUCCCGACCGUGCAAGCUGGACGGAUCAGCUUGAGACAGUCAUAUAUGCUAGGGACUUGGCGGCGAGACCGCGAAUCUCUUUCAUUGUGCCCCUCAAUGUACCAAAUGGCGAAUUGACUGCCUUUGGUAUUCACAGCCGUCAGGCCAAGGGGGUCGAUCUUGGUCAAAUCCCUUCAAUUGCUGCGGCUCUACCAUCAUUGAAGAAAUUCCUAGGGUUGUCUGCAAACCAGAGCUUGACAAUCUUUAAAUGCACUCCGGAGUCCUUGACUCGCACGGAGAAGAAUCUCGCCCCCCUGGAGCACAUCGGGUCGCCCGCUGUGCAUGGAUACACGGACCAACAGCCAAUCAACAUCAAUAGUCUCUCCUCGGUCCAUGAGGUGUCUUCACAUCUUCCCAAAGAGAACCAGCCUCUGGAUGCACUUCGAUUCCGCGCCAAUAUUUGGAUCACCAAGUCUAUCGCCUACGAGGAAGAGACGUGGAAGCGCGUGCGCGUCAAACCUCGAGUCGCUACGAAGACACGACCAAGUGAUGCGACUCUAGUUUUGUCAAUUGUCUGCAGGACCUCGCGGUGCACCAUGCCCAACGUCAAUCUCAGCACGGGGGCCUUUGAUGCGGACUUGCCCGCGGAAGGGAAGAAAAAGGGCAAGCCUCAACCCAGUACCACCCUGCUGCAGCAUCGUACGGUAGAGACUGGAAAUCCGUCGGCUCUGGGCUACUUGGGUAUGCAUUGUGUACCUGAAGAUAAGAGCUUAAACGCAGCGGAGGAAUCAGACUGGGGUCCGUAUAUAGAGGUGGGCGAUGAGUUGGAGGUCUUGGAGACGGGCGAACAUCUCUACGGGUUUACUGGGAUGGAUUACUAG